AUGAACCAAAUAGACCAAUAUUUUCGCUCAGAUGUGCGUUCAAUUCAAGGGAUGAGCCCAAGGUCGUGGCCUGAAUCUGUGAUAGAUCCCACGCAGGAUUUGUUGCAGGUAGUGUAUUCAGUUUUUGAACCAAGGGAAGGAGUUAAACGUGGGGGGGGCACCAGAGUUAAUAUGGUGUUUUUACAUGGUUCGGGUAUGAAUCGUGCUUUAUGGGAGUAUUAUUUGGUUCCUUUAUGGCACUCUUCAAAUCGCAGUAAUGGAUGUUGGCAAUUGGGCAAAGUGCUGCUCAUUGACCAAGUCAACCAUGGUGAUAGUGCAGUUCAGAACCAGGGUAAAUUGGGCGUUUUUGCUGAUUGGCUAGAUGGAACUCACGAUGUUUGCCUGGUAGCUUCUAAGGAAUUCACACCAGUAGGUGCGGACACUGUUAAUGUCAUUGUCGGGCAUUCUAUGGGUGGAUUUCAAGCUCUCUGCAGUGCUUCAUUGUACCGUUCUUUAUUUAACUUGGUUAUUGCGCUUGAGCCUGUCGUUUGGAUGUACAGCGUUCCAAAUGUUGAAGGAUUUACUAAGAUGAAAAGAGGCUUCUACAAAGCUCUCAUGAGAAAGUCAAGAGAUCAGUUUAAAGAUGAGGAAGAAUACAACAAGUUCCAGGAUGAAAAGGGUUUUUACGCUAAUGCACAUCCAGAUAUUCUAAAACGGGUAAAAGAGUUUGAAAAGCUCGUUAACAAGGAUGGCUCAGUGAGCAUGAAAACCACAACUUACCAGACGAUGAUAGCUUAUUUUGGAAAUAGGCCAUCUGCAGAAUGGUUUAUGACUGGUGCCAGGUUUAUCAAAGCCGACGUGGUGACAUUAAUGGGCGGUGCUUCAAAGUGGACUCCACCUGAGAAUGAGAAAUUCCUAAGCGAACAGAUCCCCAACUACAAAAUGGAGGUUGUCCCAGGAGGUGAACAUGUGAUGAACCUGGAAAUUCCCGAUGCGAUAAUUAGUAGAAUAGUGAACCAUGUUGAAGAGUUUGUUCAAAAAACUAAGAGGCAGGAGCCUAUUGAUGACUCCACAAGUCGGGCAUCUAAGUUCUUAGAGAUGUACAGCGAGCUUGAACGCAGCAGGGUCGUGAGUGAAGGCGAGCCAAAGGCGUUCCCGUUCAAACUCUAG